AUGCCGCCUGAUGGAAACAUUAAGAGGUUCCUUCUCCUUUUAUCUGUUGUCUUCCUGACGUUGAGAAUAUGUCACGGGGGCAGGAUCUUGAUUGUACCUAUGGAGGGAAGCCACUGGGUGAACAUGGAUAUCAUGAUCAGAGCGCUGCACUCUCGAGGACACUCCAUCGAUGUGGUUCGAACCGAUGAGAGCUGGUACAUCAAGGAUCACUCUCUGCACUACAACACGAUAACAGUGUCCGUCUCUGAGACCUUCAAUCACGACUUCAUUAACCCCAUCGUGAAAAAGAUCAUCGACAUAGAGAGGGGGGAGAGUUCUGCUCUGACCUUUGCGAGUUUGCAGGUUGAGAUGUUUACUGCCAUGUUUAACAUGCAUAGAAUAACAUGCCAAAUGGCAACUGUUAUGUUUAAAGAUAAAGACUUGAUGAAUAGUUUGAAGGAGAGAAAAUAUGACCUGGUCCUCACUGAUCCAGCCUGGGGUGCAGGUAUAAUGUUGGCUCACGCUCUUCAAAUACCUCUGGUUUUUAACGUGCGCUGGAUUACAAGCGGAGAGGGACAUUUGGCAAUUGCACCUUCUCCUUUGUCUUACAUCCCGAUGACCGGCUCUGGCCUGUCAGAUAAGAUGAGUUUCAUACAAAGACUAAAAAAUCUUUUUUUUUUUGCCAUUUGGCAAAUUCAGGAUGGAUUUUUAAUUAACUCUCAAUAUCAAGCAGUUUGUGACAAGUUCUUUGGUCCAGAAGUCAGAUACAGUGACUUACUACAAGGAGCUGACCUUUGGCUGAUGAGAGUGGACUUUGUGUUUGAGUUUCCACGAACAACUAUGCCUAAUGUUGUUUAUAUAGGAGGGUUUCAGUGUAAACCUGCUGAACCACUUCCUGAACACUUAGAGGUGUUUGUCCAGAGCUCUGGAGAGCAUGGAGUCAUCAUCAUGUCUCUGGGAACGUUUGUGAGUGAACUUCCUGCUGACAUGACCAACAAGAUGGCUGCAGCUUUUGCUAAAUUACCUCAGAAAGUCAUCUGGAGGCAUAAAGGUGACAGACCGGCAACUUUGGGCAACAACACUUUACUCGUCGACUGGAUGCCACAGAAUGACCUCCUGGGACAUCCAAAGAUUAAACUAUUUGUUGCUCACGGGGGAACAAAUGGAGUUCAAGAGGCUAUUUAUCAUGGAGUCCCAGUUGUGGGUCUACCUGUGUUUUUUGACCAGAACGACAACCUGCUCCGUCUGAAAGAGAGAGGAGGAGCUAAGAUUCUUACAUUAGCCACAGUGGACAAAGACAGCAACUUCCUAGAAGCAAUACAGGAAGUCUUGACUGAGCCCUCCUACAGGCUGAACAUGCAGAGACUCUCCAGGCUGCACAGAGAUCAGCCAAUGAAACCACUGGACACUGCCCUCUUCUGGAUAGAGUUUGUCAUGAGACACAAAGGUGCAGCUCACCUGAGAACGGAGUCCUACAGACUGCCCUGGUACUCCUACCACUCUGUAGAUGUAGUUCUGUCUUUCCUGGCUGCUGUUGCAGUGAUUACUCUUCUUCCUCUUGUAUUUGUCAGAUAUUUACGACUUGAGAAAAGCAAAAAGAAGAAAAAGCAAUGA